CACUCACAGAGAUUGAAGAGAAAAAAAAAAUAGUACUGUGGCAAUAAUGGUGGUGUGGUAGGGAAAAGGUGUUACUUGAAAAUGUGUUGAAUAAAAAGACAACAUUUAUGGUCAGAAACGGGAAAGGGUGAAAUGGGAGUUGGAGGAAGAUUACUGGAAUGGACUCCAUUUGUAGCCAUGAUAAUGGUGGAGUGCCUUGACGUCGGUCUCUCCACUUUAGGUAAAGCCGCCAUGAACAGAGGAAUGAACCAUUUCGUCUUUGUUGUCUACUCCAACGCCCUUGCCACCCUCAUUCUCCUCCCUCUCGCUUUCUUCUUCAACAGAACCAUGAGAUUGCCCCUUUCUUUCGCUCUUCUCUGCAAGUUCUUCCUCCUAGCCACUCUUGGCAUAACUGUUAUGCAGAAUUGUGUUUUCACCGCCAUUGACUACAGCUCUCCCACUCUUGGAUCCGCCAUGAACAAUUUGACUCCAGCUAUCACUUUUGUGCUAGCUGUCAUCUUCGGGAUGGAGCAGUUGAAUAUUGGAAGCUCAAUAAGCCAGAUCAAGGUCACAGGCACAGUGCUAUCCAUAUCUGGAGCAUUACUCGUGACCCUUUACAAGGGCAUUCCCAUCACCAGCUUCCGAAUUCAACACUCUCCAUCGAAACCAUUGUCAUCUUUGUUGGCUCAAACCAGUAACUGGGCAAUUGGGGGUGCCUUCUUUGCCACUGCUUCUGUCUCUCUUGCACUCUGGAAUAUUACACAGGCAGCAAUUCUUAAAGGAUAUUCGUCACAGUCAACCAUAUUAGCCUUCUAUUGCCUGUUUGGAACUAUCCAAAGUGCAAUACUGUCUCUCAUUGUAGUCAAGGAUUCAAAUGACUGGAAAAUAAGCCCCGACAUUGAGCUCAUCUCUAUAUUAUAUUCAGCUAUUAUAGGAAGUGUGGUGUCUUUUUCAGUAAUGACUUGGUGCAUAAAAAGGAAAGGACCUAUUUUUGUUAGCUUGUUCAAGCCUGUUGGGAUUGCCAUUGCUGCCUUUUCUAGUGUCAUCUUCCUUGGUGAAACGCUUCAUAUUGGCAGUGUCCUAGGCGCAGUGAUAAUCGCCAUAGGAUUUUACACAGUGAUGUGGGCACAAUCCAAAGAGGAAAACGAAAAACGCCUCCAAGUUGAUGCACAAUCAUUGCCAUCUUCUGAAGCGAGUCCUCUACUGGAGACAAUCACGUGAAAGCGGUGUUUUAGCAUAACCAUUUACUCGUGUAUACUAGUUUAGCUUCAUCAAUGUAUUCAGCAUACACGAGUGUGGUGAAAGAAUCUUUGUCUUUCAGCAGAGUUCUUCACCAAUAUAUAUAGUUAUUUUCUGCAUUACUGCUGUGGUGUAUAUUACAUAGGUGAAAGUAAUAAAAACUCUUUACAUUUGA